AUGGCCGCCGACUCUUCUCUCGUCGAUCUCCAUGAUGCUUCCAUGUCGGACGACAAGGACGACAUCGAUUCUCUACCCUCCAUUUCUACCGACGACAUUUACUCCGAUACUUCCGAUUCAGACGCGCAAGCCGAGUGGGAGCGCAGUCUCGAGCAGCUACAACUCAUAAUGACGAUGAUGAUUGUUCCUUGGAUGGGCAAAUACUUUGGUCGCAAGUUUGCAUACUGGAGCUGGUCACGGUACAUGGAGUGGGCACAUAACGUCGACGUUCGAAUGACAAAUAAGACGGCGUUCAAGGCAGCGGGUGUUGUGGAGACAGCCGCGACGUUAUAA